GCAGAAUAACGUGAGGGAGGAUGCUGCCUUAUAAUUCCACUUGUCUAUCAAUAAAAGCUAGUGAAAAAAAUUGACGAUUCAAAUAGCUGAAUUAAACUGAAAACGGAUAUCAAUUUUCUAUAUUACAGAAUAUAUGGAACAUGGCAUCAAAAUGUCCUAAAUGCGACAAGACGGUUUAUUUUGCUGAGAAGGUAACAUCUCUGGGCAAAGACUGGCACAAGUUUUGUCUGAAAUGUGAGCGCUGCAACAAGACUCUGAACCCAGGGGGCCAUGCUGAGCAUGAUGGAACACCCUACUGCCACAAGCCCUGCUAUGCUGCCCUCUUUGGACCAAAAGGCGUGAACAUUGGAGGUGCAGGCUCUUAUGUUUAUGAGGCUCCUGCCAACAAUACCACUACCAGCGUUUCCAUGGAAACAGAGGCCAAACCCGAGGAGAAAAAAGCUCAUGCCAGAGGCCCAGUAAAGGCUGCAAGCUUCUCUACUUUUUCUGGAGAACCCAGUAAAUGUCCAAGGUGCAGCAAAACAGUGUAUUUUGCUGAGAAGGUGACAUCCCUGGGGAAGGACUGGCAUCGACCUUGUCUGCGCUGUGAGAGGUGCAGCAAGACCCUGGCCCCAGGCAGCCAUGCGGAGCACGAUGGGCAGCCCUACUGCCACAAGCCCUGCUAUGCCACUUUGUUUGGGCCUAAAGGGGUGAACACUGGAGGUGUUGGGAGCUAUAUCUACAAUGAACCCAGUACUGAGGCAGACCCUGAGGCCCAGUCUUGAGCUUACCUCCACCCCCACCACACUUGACCUCUUCGACAGUGAUCCUAUGCCUUGUUACUCUUCUUAGUUAAACUCACCCUAUCUGUAUUUCCAGCCAAUUUUUGUAUUGAGAUUAAUUCUGUGAUAUAUAAAGUAAGUCCAACUGUAUUCCCCUUUCUGAUCAUUUGUGUCUUUCCAGGAUGCCAAAUUUACAGAAUUGUGUGAGAGGAUGUAUAGAAAAAUGUGUAUUAAAUGAAAGCCUUCUUAUUGUUUGAUGAUACACAAUAGGACAGAGUGAAGGGUCUGUGUUUUCCAUUACCUGAGAAUACUGUAAUUUGUGCACAUUUGAGAGCCAGAAGCAGUUGUCGUGUUGAUUUUCAUGCCGCUAUAGGCUCUGUUCAGUAUUUUCUUGCCAAGUUCAUCAUUCACCCUGGUUAUAAGAAGACAAGAUGAUAGGUAUAAACAUAACAGAUAGAGCAUACUAGGAAUGUGCACAUUGUGAUUCAGCCUAUUGAGGUAGUUGAUUAUGUUUAGUACUUAGGGCGUUUAGUACCAAAUAUCUGUUGCUGAGAAUGGGUCGUCAGACUUUCUACAAUAAAGUUGGGAGAACAUA